AUGGACUCUUUGAAACUGCCAACCACGGCUGCCCAGGCCAAGGCGUUUACCGCGCAGGGCUCGCUGGCGUUUCCAAUGAAUCAAAAUGAGAUGCAGACCUUCAAGCAGGAGUCGGCCACGACAACUUCUGUGGAUCCAAUCAUCAAGUCUCCGGAGGAAGAUGUGCAAUUGCAGCAAGAAGACACAGAGAGCGCAGCCUCCGGAAUCGUGCCAACAUUGCAAAAUAUCGUUGCCACGGUGAAUUUGGAGUGCCGUCUGGAGCUGAAGACAAUUGCCUUGCAUGCUCGUAACGCUGAGUACAAUCCCAAGCGUUUUGCCGCUGUGAUUAUGAGAAUCAGAGAGCCAAAGACCACUGCCUUGAUUUUCGCGUCGGGUAAAAUGGUGGUGACGGGUGCCAAGUCUGAGGACGAUUCCAAGCUUGCAUCCAGAAAAUACGCUAGAAUAAUACAGAAACUGGGAUUCGACGCCAAGUUCACCGACUUCAAGAUUCAGAAUAUCGUGGGGUCAUGUGAUGUGAAAUUUCCAAUAAGAUUGGAGGGUCUUGCGUUUUCCCACGGAACUUUCAGUUCGUACGAACCAGAGUUGUUCCCUGGCUUAAUUUAUAGAAUGGUGAAACCGAAGAUCGUGCUGUUGAUCUUCGUUUCCGGAAAGAUUGUGUUGACAGGUGCGAAACAGAGAGAGGAGAUUUACAAGGCGUUCGAGGCUAUUUACCCUGUGUUGAGUGAGUUUAGGAAGUCGUGA